AUGGAAGUUGGGUUGGAUUUUGAUAAGCAGAAAUGUCGUGGGAAGGAAGUUUGUGUAGGGUUGAAGAUUGAGGCUUAUAGCUGGGGCGGGCGGGUGAGCCGGCCCCUCCACCCACACGUCCAUUGGGCGGCGCCGCCAUCACUCUCCCCUCGGCAACACCGCCUUCUUCGCGGCCAAGCUUCGAUCCCCUCCCCCGCCACUCUCGCCCCGCCCCGUCCUGGGAGCCUUUCAUUGGACGGACGCGCGGUCGAUCCGCCUCGAGUGAGGGAGGCGAUUGGACGCGAGGCCUUCGGGCCGCCCCCAGCCUAUUUGGAUUGGCUUGCUGCGCGUUGGCGCAACGGAAGAGGCGGACGGUGGAGGGGGCGCCUCUGCUUGGGCUGGACUGCCGCGGAGGAGGCGACGAGGGUUUCGGCGCUGGGGGGCUGGCUUGGGCGGCAGCGGCGGCUGCUGCGGAUGGGAGCGGGCCGGCUCGGCGUGCCCAUGGAGCGCCACGGCAGAGCGGCCGACACCUCCGCCUCGGCGGGGGAGCCGGCGCCCGAAGGGCCUGAUGGGCGGCGGCGGGAGCUGCUGCGGCGCCGGGCGAGUAGCGCGUCGGAGCCCCCAGUCGGGUCCUCUGCCUCGGCUUCGGCAGAGGGCAUUAGGCGAAACCGGCCCGGCUCCUACAGCGGCGCUCCCUCGGCCUCCCGCCAGCGCGUGGAAAGCCUCAGGAAGAAGCGGCAGCGUGACCUUCAGCUUUGCAAACUUGAUGAACUAGAUUGUUUAAUAAAAGGAAUUUUAUACAUUGACUCAGUUGGAUUCAAUGGACGGUCACAGUGCUAUUACUUUGAAAACCCUGCUGAUGCUGAGAAAUGUCAGAAGUUACCAUUUGAUUUGAAAAAUCCAUACCCUCUGCUUCUGGUGAACAUUGGCUCUGGGGUUAGCAUUUUAGCAGUAUAUUCCAAAGAUAAUUACAAGCGGGUCACGGGUACCAGUCUUGGAGGAGGAACUUUUUUUGGUCUCUGCUGUCUUCUCACCGGCUGCAGCACUUUUGAAGAGGCUCUGGAAAUGGCAUCUCGUGGAGAUAGCACCAAAGUGGAUAAACUAGUUCGAGACAUUUAUGGAGGGGACUAUGAGAGGUUUGGACUGCCGGGCUGGGCUGUGGCAUCCAGCUUUGGAAACAUGAUAAGCAAGGAGAAGCGAGAGGCUGUCAGUAAAGAGGACCUCGCCAGAGCAACGUUGAUCACCAUCACCAACAACAUUGGCUCAAUAGCAAGAAUGUGUGCCCUUAAUGAAAACAUUAACCAGGUGGUAUUUGUUGGAAAUUUCUUGAGAAUUAAUACGAUCGCCAUGCGACUUUUGGCAUAUGCUUUGGAUUAUUGGUCCAAGGGGCAGUUGAAAGCACUUUUUUCGGAACACGAGGGUUAUUUUGGAGCCGUUGGAGCACUCCUUGAGCUGUUGAAGAUCCCCUGA